GCCGACACUCAGACACACUCGCGGUGCUACGGCCCCGUCUCCUCGUGUCCUCGUGUCCUCGUCUCCUCGUCACCUCGUCUCCGCGUCUCCUCCUUCUUGUUUUGGUUCUCCUCUACUUCCUGAUUUCCCUCUCUGCUGUCGGAGGAGUGGCGAGCGGUCGGCAUACAGGGGGCCUUCGACGGAGACACACAGACCCACACUCAGACACAAACACACACACACACGCACACACGCAGACACACAGACACACAGACACACACACACGCAGACACACACACACACACAGACACACAGACACAGACGCACCGGCUGAGGACAUGUGCUGUACGGGGAAAUGUGCUCGCCUGGUGGGGCUCAUCCUGCUGCCCAGCGCGCUGAUCUGCAUGGUGGCCAACCUGCUGCUGUUCUUCCCCAACGCCGAGCCGCGGGAAAACAGCGAGAUCUCCCUGCAGGUCUGGCUCAUGGGGGGGCUGAUCGGAGGGGGGCUCUUCAUACUGUGCCCCACUUGUUCUGCUAUCAGGGCUGGGGGCAAGGGUUGCUGUGGAAACGGUUGCUGUGGUAACCGCUGCCGGAUGCUGAACUCCGUGUUCUCGUCUUGCUUCGGGCUGCUUGGCGCCCUCUACUGCACCAGUGUGGCCAGUGCAGGCCUGGCCGUCGGGCCGAAGUGUCAGGUGGCUGGCGGCGCGUGGGAGUACCCGUUCGAUACCCCUGCAACGUCCGGUUACCUGGGUAACCAGACGCUGUGGACCAUGUGCGAGCUCCCUAAGAAUGCGGUGGAGUGGCACGUGGGCCUGUUCUUCAUCAUUCUGGCCAUGGGCACGCUGCAGACCGUGCUCCUGGGCAUCCAGGUGGUCAACGGCUGCAUCGGCUGCAUCUGCGGGGACUGCCGCAAGAGGCCAGAGGAGGACGGGGGCCUGUGAGAGGGUGACAGCGCGAGGAGGAUCACCCACUCCGAUCCGGACGGUUCUGUGACAUCAUUACGACCUCACCGAUGCUGAUGAUGACUAUAAUAUAUAAUAGAUUAAUGUAUAAUAUCGUAAUAUAAGACAUUUUCUUCAAAUAACCAGGCUUCCUAACGGAGGGGGUCCAUUGAUCCGAGUGCCACUCCCUCUGUCAUGUCCCAUUUUAUAUGAUGUGAACUGAACUGCAGAUGAAUAUGGGUGGUAAUUCAAAUAAACCUUUUUAUUGUUUCGAUUUAGAUCUGAUUAUGUAGUAUUUUGCGUGACUUUACUGAAAUAUGUACUCAUGGUAUUUAGAAUCUUAAUAAAUAACCCCAGCUUUUUUUCACAAUAAAAAUGUAUGAUAUCAAUCACGAUGACGGCGUCACUCAAAGGUGACAAUUUUGUCUUCUACUGCUUUUCCCAAGCUCACACAAUAUACCAUGAAUCCUCCAUCCUCCCACGCUGUUAUAAUUAAUCUACUUCCUAAUUAUACAGUUGAACAACUUCAGCUGCCCUCGGCAGAAUCACAGGGGCUCUUCCUGUCAAUGACCUAACACAUUUAAUGAGCUGUCCGCUCCUUUCUGUGGACCGGGUCCAAUAUGGAGUCAGUUUCCUGCCAUAAUUCAAACCUGAAAAAAAAAGUUUCAAAGGCUUGUAAGUCUGGGUUUGAAAACUCAACACCUUGUAAAAUAGGUUUUGCAACACUGAAAAGAGAUUAUAACCUGAAAAAAAAUAAAACUAAAAUUCAAACAUCUGUAAACAUGAUCUUGUGUUCUAUUUUAUCUUCUUCAUCAUUUUCACCAACACAUUUUCAAAGUUCAAACAAUUUCACCAGCGCAUUUGCAGAGUUUCAAAUCUGGCACUGUUCUAACAGUGUAUUUCAUUGUUGCCCGGUUUUGAAACCUUGUAAAUGGGAUUCUGCAAACAGGUGUUCAUACAUUGAGAAAUACGUUUUGAAAGGUUGAAUAUUUAGUUUUAAAAACUUGUAAAGGUGUACGUUUACGACAUUGCAACGUAUUUUUUCAAAACUGGCUUUUCAGCACUGACUUUUCAGAGAUUUGACCACACAGGCGCAAGCUUUGAGUCACGUGAAUAUUGGCAGUGUUCUGACGCCA